AUGGAGCGACAGCUGUUACAGAUGCAGCAACAAAUGGCCGAAAUGGGCGCGCGGAUGAUGGAACAGAGUGAUCAAAUUUUGAAGCAGCAAGCAGAAAUCACAAAGCAGCAAACAGAGCUCACAGAGCUCAGAACCAACUCACAUCAAGGCGAGAGGGCCGGGGGGCGACUGGUGGACCCUAGGAACAUCCCCCGACCGCCUACGUUCUCUGGUCGCAAAGAAGACUGGGAGCGGUGGAAGCAUAUUUUCAUGUCAUGGAUAGGAACCAUUCAUGCUAGGUAUCCUGGUUUGUUGAACUGGGCAUCCAAGCAGAAAGAGAACAUUGACCAUGACGGUGAGGAUGUCACGCUUGAGGAUUUGCAGUUGAGUCAAGCUCUUUACACUAUCCUUGUCGGUUAUUGUUCUGAGCAGACACAGCAGUUGAUUACCCAGGUGCCAGAUGGAAAUGGUCUUGAGGUCUGGCGCAUGCUAAGUAGGACAAACGAGCCUAGCAACAGAACAAAGAGCUGGGUAUGGAGAAGACAUCUCAUGAAUCCGCAGUUCCCUGGCGACAUCAACAAGUGGUCAGAAGCCUUUCACCAGUGGGAGGCCGAAGUCAGUGAGUUUGAGAAGCAGUUUCGCAAGAUUGAGCCUGAUGACAAACUCAGUGUUUUGGUUCAUGUUGCACCUAAGGAGAUUCAGCAGAUGAUCUUUCUUCACAGCAAUACGCUUGACACUUACAGCAAGACCAAAGAGUACAUUGAGCAGUACCUCACUUCCCGAAACCUCUGGAAAAGACCCCAAGGCUCGAGUUUCGGUGCACCAAAGAAGUCUCAGCUUGACGAUGGUGGCCCUGCGCCCAUGGACAUAGGAGCCGUGGACUAUGGAGGAAAAGGAAAGGGCAACAACAACAAGGGCGACAACAACAAACCUUGGAGCUGGGGAAAAGGGGGUGACAACCGAGGCGUAGGAUCCAUUUCUGAGCAUGUAGAAGAGAGCGAUCACAGUCACAUGUUGUUUGCAGUAACAGACCGAAUCAGUGGCAUCCAUGAUGACAGUGUCAGUGAAGACGUUUACAUGUUGAUUGAUUCUGGAGCUUGUGAAAACGUAGCUCGGAAAGGGGAGUUUGAAGAUGACUUCAAGCCUCUACCGUAUGGCAAGCAACUGUUCUCUGUGCAAGGUACCGCUUUGAAGAUUUAUGGGAAACAGUUCCCAAAGAUUAGGCUUUUGGAUGGCACCGUAGGGGAAAUAGACCUCACAGUCACCGAUGCCAGUGAAACUCUUCUUAGCGUGCACAACCUUGUGGAGAGAGACUAUGAUGUCAUGUUUCGUCGGAGCGGAAGCUACCUCGUGAAAGAUGGCAAGAAGUACCCGUUGAUCAAGAAAGGCAAGAGGUGGUACCUGAAGGUUGGAAAGGUUUGGCCUGAUGAGGUAGGUGACACUGCCCAGCGUGUUGCGGCGCUUGAGGGUGCUACCUCAUCUUCGUCGUCUAGGAUCCCAGUGAGCGAAAAGAAGCAGAGAGAUUACUGGCGACUUGAGCGGGACUUGGUUGUCCGUGUUCAUGUGGUGCCUAGGCUAAAGAUGUUCAGCCCUGCAGAUGCUGAUGAUUGCCCGGUGAUCGUAGGAGACUUGGAACCAAGCCGAGCCACUGAAGCCAAGUGGGUUGACCGCCGCGAUGGUGACGGCGAAAGCUUCGAGGAUCACUGGUUCGGUGUCAAGAAUCCCAGGGCGUCCCUGCGAAAGCACUGGACUGGAGAGACGGUUUUCAAGCUGAAGGCCCAAGAUGAGAGAGACGCUGAGCCAUCACCUGAUGCGGAUGACGCACAGGAUGAUGACGACCUGACGCUGUGGGAACUAAAGGAACGCGAUGAAGCGAAGCAGCAGCCUCUGAUGGCUGAGCCAGUUGAGCCUAGCCCUGCGGAGAUUGCUGAGCAUUCAUUGCAUCAUGCAAACUUUGAGCCAUGGUGUAAGGUUUGCGUUGAAGGACAAGGAAAAGAGCGACCACACCGACGCCAACACGAGGACCCCAAGGAGCACAUCAUUUAUAGUGACUACAUGUACUUCACAGCCGAAGGGAAGCAGAAGAGCAAGGAGGAGGUCGAAAAGAACAAGGACGCCGAGGAGCUGAAGAGCAUGGCUAUCGUGUUGACAGCCAUUGACAAGGACAGUCAAUGCCCUUUCGCUGCGCAGGUGCCUCACAAAGGUGCCAAGCGGAGUUCGUAUGCAGUCAACGCGCUCGCUGAUUGGAUAAAGGAUUUAGGGUGGAAGAAGGUCACCAUUCAGAUCGAUCAGGAGAGUGCCCUCGCAAAGGUGUUCGAACAAGUGCAGCAGAGGAUGGGCAUUGAAGUGGUGGCGUUGCGGAAGAGCCCGAGGUAUUCAUCACAGAGCCUGGCGGAUGGGGAGAUGGUGAAUGGACUCAUCGCGGGCAAGGUCAGGACUUGGGUGGCCAGCCUGAAGGAGAGCUACAGCGACAAGGUGAUUCAGACGACAGACAUUCUGUUUCCUUGGAUUGUCAGAUUUGUUAGCUGGUCUUUACCAAGAUUUCACAUCAACCAGACCCGAACUACUCCGUUCCGAGUGCUGAAGGGAUACGACUACGCCGCUGAGUGUCUUCCUUUUGGUGAGUGUGCGCUGGGAAAGUACUCAGCAAAGAAGUCUGGCGCUAAGAGUGCCACCAGAUGGGUGUGUGGAAUCUAUGCUGGGAAAACAACCAGCUCAGAUGAGCACAUCCUGUUGACCAGCGCCGGUGCGCAGACAUUCCGGACUGUCAGAAGGAUGGCGUUUGGAAAGCGCUAUCAAGCAAGCAUUUUAGACGGAGCAGCUGGAGUGCCGUGGAACACAGUGUACAAGGCCGAACAGAACAAACCUGAAGCAGCAAUGAGUGAGCUGAGAGUUCAGAUCGUCCCUGAAGCGAGCGCUCAGGACGAAGUCCCUGACAAGGCAGAGCCUAAAGACAGUGAGCCUGUAGAGCCACCAGUGCCUGCCCAGAGCAUGCACACCACACGCCGUGAAGCUGAGGAUGCUGGAGGAGAGGCUAUCCAGAUUGAUGCGGACAUGAGUGCGGCAGAUGAAGCAAAGAGGAUGGCAGCAGAGGCAGAAAGGACUACAAAGGUCAGGAGAACAGACGUUACAGCCAAAGCCAAAUCAGAGCCAGCUCCAGCAGUCGAGUCACAGAGUCCGACAGCAUUGGCCUCUAGAGCAGUGCCUGGAGAGGCGAGCAGCAGUGACAGCCCGUCCAGCUCAAGCUCCUCCACGUCAAGAUCCAGAUCAAGACACUCUGGACACUCCGAGGCAGGAGGAGUAGGACCUGUAGAUCGGGGUGACACCCAAGAGGCGGAAACGCCCGUGGGUGCUACCACAAUGGAGGGAGCCAUCAGCGCAAUCCUUGAGGAGUCUGAGAAAAGAGACCAGUUGGCCUCUGUGGCUGACUACUUGGAUUCGUGUGUUGUGGAUGAAGGUGCAAGACACCAAGCCAGACUUGAGGAAAUCGACAAGCUUGACGUGAUGUUCAAUGCCUUUACCCCUCGUGACCGUAGGGUCUUGCCGAAGGAAAUAAAGGUAUUUGGACACUGUUGGGUGGACAAGGUCAGCAAUGGGAUCGCAAAGUCUAGGCUGACUUGUCAGGACUUCAAGCGGAACAGCAACGAGGACAAGAACUCCUCUGAAGGGCAGAAAAAUUUUUGUCCAACCCCAGGACACAGCACCUGCAAGAUGCUGGAGAUCUACAGCUUGUACCACAACUUCCCGCGUGUAAAAGCAGACCUGACAUCAGCAUUCCUCAUAGCCCGAGAUCAAGGUGAUGAUAAAGGACAGCCAGUGUGCAUGAAGCCACCACGAGAAUGGCUGGGCAAUUUUGAGGUUUGGCUGGCAGCUCAACCUGAAGAAAAGAGAAAGGAGCUCGAGGGCAUCCCAAAAGAGCAUUUGGUUUGGCAGGUAGAUGGUAACAUCUACGGGAGACAACCCGCAGCAAGCCAGUACAGGGACAGGCUUGAAGAGAUCAUCGUCAACAAGUUGCCGAAAGACCGAUACGAUUUCGUACGAGGACGUCUGGAUGGAUGCAUAUUCAGGUGCAAGAAGACAAAGGUGGUUGUAAUACACCACAUAGACGAUUUUGACGCGACGGGACCAGAGGAUGAUUUGAACAAUCUCUUGAAGGUUGAAUUACCCAAGCAUGGUUGCAAGGUGAAGGUCGGGGAGUUUGAGUUUCCAGAGAAACACGGAAAGACAAGCUCAGAGUUUCUUGGUCGUGAGAAGAUCAGUGUGGAGCAAGCCGUGCUCACCAAGCCGAACGCAAAACACACAGACAACAUCCUUAAGCUUUUGGGACUCCAAGACGCUAAGGGUGGACCAGUACUGGAAGGAGUCGAAGAGGGUCCCGCCGGAGAGCGGGAGCUACCGCUUCAUGCCUAUUGUGACAGUGACUAUGCAGGGGACACCGAAUCGAGGAAGUCUACAUCGGGAGAGGUUUUGGUGCUAGGAGGCACAGUGGUUGAAGCGAACUCGAGCACUCAAUCUGGUAAUCCAGCCACGAGCUCAGGAGAAGCAGAGCUGAGGUCUUUGAAUCACUGCGCACAGUCCUGCAUGUACAUUCAGAACUUAGCAGUUCAUGAUUUCGACCUUCCGGUCUCAACGCCUCGCAUUUGGUGUGACUCGUCUGCGGCGCUGCAGGCAGCAAAGCGGAUAGGAGUAGGGAAGAUGAGACACAUUUCUCUUGCACACCUCUACGUACAAGAACUUGUGAAAACCAAACAGGUGAUCAUUGCCAAAGUGAAGGGCAUAGCCAAUCCAGCUGACUGUUUGACAAAGCACCUCAAAACAGGCGAAGAUAUGAAACAAGCAUGUGAACUCACAGGAAUGGUACAGCUCAGCAAAUCUGGAAUGGAUGAACAGGUGAGACGAACAGCAUUGAGCAAGGUCAGUGCGGUCGUUGAAAGCGACAGCCUGAAAGCGCGACACAAAUGGAAGCCCAUGAUGGCCGCAAUGCUUUCACUCAGACAGUUGUGUAGCGUCGUGUACAAGCCUUACCAGAGGGAGCUACCUCACUGA